AUGCUUACAGGGCGAUACUACCUGAUGGUGGUCGGAGGCAAGGUAAAGAAACCAGGCAAGCGAGGUCGUAAACCAGCCAAAAUAGACUUGAAGGCAAAGCUUGAAAGAAGUCGUCAGAGUGCAAGAGAGUGCAGAGCCAGGAAGAAGCUGAGGUACCAGUACCUGGAAGAGCUGGUUUCAAGCAGAGAGCGAGCCAUCUGUGCUCUUAGAGAAGAGCUUGAAAUGUACAAGCAGUGGUGCAUGGCGAUGGACCAAGGGAAAAUCCCCUCUGAAAUAAAAGCCCUGCUAACUGGAGAGGAGCAGGGCAAAGCACAGCAGAACUCAAGCAAACUUGCCAAGGCUGGGAAGACAGACGCAAACAGCAGCAAUCCCUUGAGUGUGUGCAGCUGGUUCUCUCUCACAAACAUUGAAGGAAGGAAAUAAGCCUGGAAAUGCUUCAUUUUCCCACUUGCCAUGGAAAUCUAAUGGUCAGCUAGAACCAUUUGCCCAGGUGAAGGGUGAAGAUUAAUCUACAUCAAUAAUGAAUCUAGUUCUUCCCGGCAUCCCAUGAAGAGAUGGAGAAGAUUUGGCAUCAUAGCUCCAUGUGCUACGUUCCAAGAAAUUAUAAUCUCUAUAACUAGCUAUAAAAUUACUCUUAAUGUAAGGACCAAAUGUCUGAGACUAGUCUGUAGAGGAAUCAGAGGGAAAGCUGAAGUAAGAACCCUAGUCCUUCUCAUUAUGCUUAAGAGUUACAGCAUGAGUGACAGAGGAUCGGCUGAUAUAGAAAUCCCUGUUGUAGGUAAGGAAGGCAAAACGCCAGCUUGUGAGUUUCCUGCUGUUAGUGCCACUGAGCAUUAAUUUCUUUAAGUUAUGUCGAUAACUGAAUUUCUUGUAUGACUGUUGCAUGAUGUUGUGGAUUUGUAUUAGAAAACAGAAGCUUCUAAUCCACAGUAAAGUCUGAGGUAUCCCAUACUAGGUAGCGAAGCAGUGGACUAAAAUUCAGCUGAUGCUAUAUUUAUGGAAUGUAUAGAUUUGUACAUGCAGAUAUAUAAGUAGAAUUUGUAAUGUCAGUUAUAGCCAUUGCCUUAAGCAAUUUCUGCAAAGGCUGUUGCUUGAUAUUAUUUAUACCAUUAUUUGUAUUUUCUUUAUCUUACCCACUUUAAAUUGUAACUAGAAAAUGCUGUCAUUAUUCCGCUAAUGAUUUCCAGCAACACUUCAUUU